CUCGCAGCCGCGCUCGGGCCGGCGGACGCUCGCCCCGGCUCACCAUGCACUGCCACGCCGAGCUGAGGCUGAGCUCGCCCGGCCAGCUCAAAGCAGCCAGGCGGCGCUACAAGACUUUCAUGAUCGACGAGAUCCUCUCCAAGGAGACCUGCGACUACUUUGAGAAACUUUCCCUCUACUCCGUGUGCCCGUCGCUGGUCGUGCGACCCAAGCCCCUGCAUUCCUGUACGGGCUCCCCUUCUCUGCGGGCAUAUCCGCUCCUCUCGGUGAUCACCCGCCAGCCCACCGUCAUCUCCCAGCUGGUCCCCGCCACCCCGGGAAUCGCCCAGGCACUGUCCUGCCACCCAGUCACCGAGGCGGUCUCUGCUGAGGCCCCAGGGGGCGAGGCCCUAGCCAGCAGCGAGUCAGAGACGGAACAGCCCACGCCCCGACAGAAGAAGCCCCGCCGGAGUCGCACCAUCUUCACCGAGCUGCAGCUCAUGGGCCUGGAGAAGAAAUUCCAGAAGCAGAAGUACUUGUCUACCCCGGACAGGUUGGACUUGGCCCAGUCUCUGGGACUCACUCAGCUGCAGGUGAAGACCUGGUAUCAGAAUCGCAGGAUGAAAUGGAAGAAAAUGGUUCUUAAAGGUGGACAGGAAGCACCCACAAAACCCAAAGGUCGCCCCAAGAAGAACUCCAUCCCCACAUCAGAAGAGAUUGAAGCGGAAGAGAAGAUGAACAGCCAGGCCCAGGGUCAGGAGCGACUGGAGCCCUCCCAGGGGCAGGAGGAGCUCUGUGAAGAACAGGAACCGAAAACACAUGAUGUCCCCUUAGAGAUGGCAGAGCCACCAGACCCGCCCCAGGAGUUGCCAAUACCCUCUUUGGAACCCCCACCAUUAAGCUAAAGUAAAACCCUUUUGAGAGUAGAGGGAGACUGGGGAGAAGGGAAAAGAG